AUAAACUGCUUAAACAUGCAUCUAUUUACAUCGUUCAUCACUCAGGUCCAAGAUCUCCAUCAAGUACAGAGAGAGGAUAUGAGGAUAUUUCUGGACAAAAUGAGAAUACAGGUCAUUUUUGGAGUCCUGUUGAUUUACACCCACGUUGUCAUGGGUUCACUGCUUCAGGAUCAUGUUGUCUGUAGAUUUAAUCAGAUGAAUCCAUGUUAUGUAGCUGUGGGACAACAACUGCACCUGCAAAUGCCCUGGGAGGAUGGGUUUGACCUAAAGACCACUAGUUUAAUUUUAAGAUAUAGAAAAACCCAAAGUUCCCCACCAACACCACGUUUCCCAAGAUGGCAGUUUGUUAAUGAAAAUAAAACUAUGAUACUAACCAGUGCAGAGAGGAGUGACUCUGGAACAUACACAUUAGUCACCUUUGAUGUAGACGGGAGAAGUAAAGGCAGUUAUACUCUCCAGGUGAACAUUGAAGCUCAGGUGUCCUCAGUGAAAGUGUCCUACAGCUGCUUGUCCUCUGGAGUCAUGAAAGUGACUUGUUCUGCUGAUGGAGACAACCUUCACUUCAGCUGGACUUCUGACUUUAACACACUCCCUCAAAUGGAGAACAGGACCAGCACUGUCACACUGGAACAAGACCAUCAAGGAAAUAUCACCUGCCAUGUAGAAAAUCAUGUCAGCCGUGACCACGAUACUGCUGAACUCCACCAAUGUCCUGGUUCACAGUUUCAGGAUCAUGUUGUCUGUAGAUUUAAUCAGAGUAAACAGUGUUAUGUGGCUGAGGGACAACGACUGCACCUGCAAAUGCCGCUGGAGGAUGGGUUUGACCUAAAGACCACUAAUUUAAUUUUAAGAUAUAGAAAAACCCAAAGUUCCCCACCAACACCACGUCUUCCAAGAUGGCUGUAUGUUAAUGACAAUAAAACUAUGAUACUAAACAGUGCAGAAAGGAAUGACUCUGGAACAUACACUUUAGGCAUCUAUGAUGUAGACGGGAGAAGUAAAGGCAGUUAUACUCUCCAGGUGAACAUUGAAGAUCAAGGAAGAAUGUAAACCUGGAUAAGACGACGACGGCUGGUUGCUUUCCUCCAUGUCAGCAGCUCAUCCCUCCUGAACAACCAGAAACAUAUAACCACAAGCCCGUUGGCAAGGGGUGGUUCUGAAUUUUUUUUUUUCAUGUGAUUGUCAUCAUUGUUUUAAUGAAUGCUUGUGACAAAUAUUCUGGGUUGCUGUUUCAAAUUAAUGAGAUACAUUAUUGUAGCUGGACGUGUGUGUGUGUGUGCGCCACGCGUGCAGUUCAGAGAGAGUUCUCGAAAUCCACUUUUCAAAGCAACGGUGAAGCAUCGCCUCUGAAUGAUGGGGGAGGGGUUAUAUAUAUAUAUUUUGUUAAUUAAAAUGAUUUCUAUAUUUUCUCCACCCAAUAGUCUACAAUAUAAUAUCUAUGUAAACAUACCGUCAUUAUAAUAAAACAGUGGGAUAUUCAGUGA